AUGGUGGUGCCGGCGGCGCUGAAAAUCAUCCGCCUCAAACCCACCCGCAAGUUUGCCGUGCUGGGCCGCCUGGCACACGAGGUGGGCUGGAAGUACCGGGACGUCACCGAGGCCCUGGAGGAGAAGAGGAAGGAGAAGGCCAAGAUCCGCUACAACAAGAAGAGGAAGAUGAUGAGCCUGCGGCGCCGGGCCGAGCGCAGCGCGGAGAAGAAAGCGGCGCCGUUCACGGAUUCUGCACCAUUUUUUUAUGUUUCUGACCGUUUUUUGAUCGUUUUUGCCCCGUUUUAA